CAGCUCGAGCGCGGGCGGGGCGAUACGGAUGCAUUUGCCCACGCGCAAGUGCUGGUUGCAUCAAUGCCGAGCCGUGCCAGCAUGCUGCUGAUCUACGCACGCGCGUGUGGAGCGCUGCACCAGUUUACAAGAUGCACUGGCAGACGCCAGCUUGCGCAACGCGCCUCAACGAUCGCCUCUGAAACGGAUGCCGUCGAAUACGUCGUGAAACGAUCGCGCUUCGUCGCGCACGCGGCUCCUUGUACUUCGUUCGACGAGGCCGAAGGCUUCCUCGCGAGGCAUCGCGACGACAAAGCGCGGCACAACUGCUGGGCCUGGGUCGGCGCCACGUCGGCGCGCAUGAGCGACGACGGCGAGCCGACCGGGACGGCUGCAGCUCCGAUCCGUGCUGCCAUCGAGGGCGCUGAAUUCGUCGACUGCGCGGUGAUCGUCACGCGCUACAAGGCCUCGACAGCGCCGAAGCUCGGCGCCGGAGGCUUGAUCCGUGCCUACGGCCAAGCCGCGAGGGAUUGCUUAAAAACUGCCGUCGCCGCGCCCGCCGCGCCGCCACGAAUAGCCAUCGACCUCGUCGUGGCGCCGGAGGCGUACGGCGGCGUGCGGGGGCUGCUAUCGGCGUGGUCACACCGCGGCGUCACCGUCGCGAGCGAGGACUACCGCGACGACGGAGCAGCGCUGAUCGAGCUGACGCUCGACGACGCCGACGUCCGCGCGCCCUUUCUGCGCGAGGCGGAAGCCGCGGGGGCAUCGAUACGUGAUGACGAUUCAUAA